AUGGGAAAUGCAUUAGCAUCGCCUUGCUUCAAUCUCCAUCGGCACGGCUCGAGGUCGCGAGAGAUCAAGCUGAUCUUCUGGGAAGGCAAUACUAGGGUUUUGAUAGGGAGGCACCUGGCGGGAGAGAUCAUGUUCGAGUUCCCAGACAUGAUGGUCUGCCACGCGGACUCCUUCUUCAUCGGCCGUCCGGUCCCGGCCCUUGCCAUAGAGGAUGUCCUUGUGCCGGGGGAGUCCUACUUCGUCCUCCCGAUUGACUGCUUCCCAUGCGUUGGCACACUUUCCGCCUCCUCCCUAGCAGCCCUAGGGUCAAACAGCCCUAAUAAUAAUAAUGGAAAGCAUUCUCCAAUGAAGAAUAGCUUCGGGGAGGGCCGUCCAUUCGAGUAUUUGAGGGGGGAGGAUGGAAGGGUCAUGAUAAAAGUUGCCCCGGAGUUCAUCACAAGGCUUAUAAUGAAAGAGUCAGGCGAGGGGAUUAGCAGUGGCACCACCGGUUCGUCGAGUAGUCCAUGUCAUGGUGUGCUGUGCAGCACCCCGGAGCUACAAAAGCAUUACAGCCAACUCGUUGGAUCGAACAAAGAGCAAGUAUGGUCACCGAAGCUCGAGACAAUCUCCGAGCACAAGCUGAGGUUUUCUCCUUGCAGGUUCAUAGGAUUGGAAUGGAAACAGAAAGAGAGUAGCUAG